CCUAGCCAUCCGAUCGGGUAUAUAAGAGGACCUCAAACGCUGCUACGCCAUGUACUAUCUGAGCAGACGCGUGCUUAUCAUGUUAACGUGCAGUGUGCUGAUCACGACGAUUUUGUUCUUCACCGCCUACGGAGUUUACGGGGCUCCGUCGUCGGAAGAGGAUCUGUCUACGGAAGACGAUGGAGACUUCCUUAACCCUUCGUCCCGUCGGGUCAACUUCGAGCUGAAGCAGGUCCACGUGUUCUUCCGCCAUGGACAACGGACACCGGCCGAUACCUACCCCAAUGAUCCUUAUGUCAACAACACAUUUGAACCAUAUGACUGGGGCCAGCUAACAAACAAAGGCAAAUUGACGAUCUAUGAACACAUUGGUCAAUGGCUGCGCAAUCGCUAUGGGCGCUUCGUUGGAGAAACAUACCGCGCAGCAAACGUUCAUGUCCAGACAACCGGAGUAUCGCGGACGCAGAUGUCGAUGCAACUCGUACUGGCUGGACUGUUCCCACCGGAGAAUACACCGCUGCAAUGGAACCGGCGGCUCAACUGGCAACCGAUUCCAUACUUUAGUGAACCGCUAAGUCAGGACACGUUACUUCUAGUGCGAGUGUCUUGUCCCCGUUAUACGGAAACCGUGAAUGAAGUUUUUAAAACGCCCGAAAUCGUUGCCCUGCUAGAUGCUAACAAGCAAUUGUUCACGAAUCUCACCAACAUCACUGGACUGAAAAUUGCUACACCCGACGAUGUGCAAUCGCUCUUCAGCACACUUAAGGCGGAGUCGGAGUAUGGACUUCCGCUUCCUGCCUGGACGAGAAAAUACUACCCCGAAAAUCUGCUCCCAUUGACGAAAAAAAGCUACGCCCUGAAUGUCUACACGGACGAGAUGAAACGUCUAAAGGGUGGUCCCUUCCUGGCCAAGACUCUCGCCGAAUGGGAAGCUCUGAUAGCUAAGCCAACGGGUGCCAACAAGAAGAUCUUCCUUUAUGCCGGGCAUGAUUCGACGGUUGUGAAUAUUCUGUCGGCAUUUAAAGUGUGGAACGAAAACGAGCUGCCCGACUACGGCGUGAUGGGUGUCUUGGAGCUCUACCGGGAUGCCAAUACUGGCAAGCACGGUGUCGUCGUAGGUGUUAAACAGCUCGGUCAGCCAUUAAAACGUCGCACUAUACCGGGAUGCACAGAGUUCUGCCCCAUCGACCAGCUGAAAACAGUUCUGCAGAGUAUCAUACCGACCAACUGGAAGGCAGAUUGUGUGGCUAAACAUCCCGAUACCGUUGAACCGCCACCAUCGGGUCCUUAGAAUGUUAUCGUGUAGUAAGAGAAAGUGUUGUUUUUAAUGUACCCAUCAUAUGAUAUACGAAGAAAAGACCGUAGAACCUUUGUUUUAAUUAAAUUUUAUUCCAUUUAAAAUUUCAA